AUUAUAAUACAGUACAGUACACUUCCACCACCCAAGACUCCCGCAAACUUCAACGGAGUAUGGACGGGAUGCUUCCUACUCCUUUCGGACGGACCGAAUGAUAUCCGCAAGAAGCUUAAGAACAUGCAUCCUACCGUGCUAGUAGUAAUACUCCAAGUCUAGUUGUAACUGCUACAAUCUCAACCGGCCGGAACACUUACUCCAAAUAUUUGACGUCUAGGCUAUUUGAUAUCGAUUAUUUAUUUUUAUCCUGUCGUCAAGCUAGGGACCCGGGGUGGCUUGGACUAAACUUGAGCACAAUGCCACGAGCCCGCAGAUCCACCCGCUCAACAGGCGGCAAGAUAGACAAGAUAAAGUAUACCAGCGACCCCUUCGAGAUAGCAGGGGUAAGCGACGAGUCCGACGCCAACCCCAGAGUCAAGGAAAGAAAAGAACAAGCCGGCAAUGAUGAUUCUUCCGACGAAGAAUUUGCCCAUGGCGACGAGCAAGAGGAAGAAGAAGACGACGACGACGAAGUCUCUGAAGAGGACGUAGCUCCUGAAAAUGACGAUGACGAUGAAAAUGAUGAGUACGGCUCCGACGGCGAGGGCGCCGGCCGCAGUGCGCGGAAAGCCGCUGUGUCUCGACCAAAAGCACGGCAAAGACCACAUGCGGAGGGCGCUGCUACGUCGUCGUCGUCAUCGAGAGACGAGAUGCACUCGCGUGGAGCGCAUAGCUCGCUAGAUCGCAUGGGGAAGAUGGUCCAUUUGCGGACCAUGUUUGGUACGGAUGAGAAGGAUUUAUUGUCCAUUAUUUAUGCGCGAGAGCGGUGGUCUGGGGGGGUAGACUCGGGGUUUCCAACUCGAGAUUCUUUGAAUGAGGCGCCGUAUGUGCCAGAUUGUGGCUAUGGGCCGACUUUUGGCGUUGCGCCGGAGGAUAUGAAGACAGAAAGGACCCGCGGGUGGGAUUGGUACUAUGAUGAUGACGUGGGAGGGAGGUUAAGGAAACGCCAGCAUCUGGAGGAGAUUACCGAAAAGGAGGCUUACGGGGUGUUCAUUCCACGAGCCAAGGAAAAGAAGCACACGGUGCUUAUUGGGCCGGUUGACGAUCAGAAGAUGUUCACGUUGGGACAUCAUGAGUCUUUCGAUUUUGGAGAAGCGUUUGGGGAGGCUAAAGUUCGAGAGAAGGUAAAACCUGGCAAUGCUGGCAAGCCCAAAGGUAAAGCUUCCAUGCAGGAAGACUCUGCCAGCCGAAAGCGAAAGAACCGUGAAGGAUGGAUUCUCAAUCUAGGACAGAAAGUUCAGUGUAUGGCAUGGGCUCCAAAUCAGUCCGGCCUCACCCAGUACUUGGCCGUGACUACACCAUUAUCAAAAGAAGAGAAAGAACAGUGUCCAGAUUUGUUUAAGGAACAGGGUGCCCCGGCGUUUAGGCCUUCCCCACCAUAUCCAUGUGCUCUGCAGCUCUGGACGUUCAAGGCCGAAAGAGAGGAAUCUUUGACAAAGCACAUUGACAUGAAUUCGAAACCACGAUUACGUAUGGCUCUAUGUACUAAAUGGGGCGAUCUAAGACGGAUGGCCUGGUGUCCAAUGCGCCGAGAAUCCCGGGAAGAAGACGAUGAAGACCCUCUGAGAUCCGUCGGGCUUCUGGCGGGUGUAUGGGGUGAUGGCUAUGUGAGAGUUCUUGAUAUCAAACUCAGCCGCGCCCCGAACAAGGUCGAAUACUACACAGUGCAGUCGCCGGUUUUUGAGGCUAGGCCGCCGUCGACUCUGUGUACAUGUUUAACAUGGCUAUCUCCGAGCGAUAUAGCUGUUGGUUGUGCGAACGGCUUCGUUGGUAUUUGGAGCAUUGUACCUUCGCAAACUUCUUCAUUCCAACCGCUCCCUUACUUCUACCAACCAAUCCAUUCAACAUAUGUCCUGAAUUUAGCUUCGGCUUAUCCGACAAAUGCUCAUUUGAUAACGACUACAUCUAUGGAUGGGGAGACGCGGCUAUGGUCAGUCCUAGAUCCUCAAAAGGAUCUGGUGGAAUCCAACCGCAUGCGAGUGGGAUCUCCCCACUUAUCGUACUCUCCUUUGUUACACUCGUUUGUCUCCAGCGAUGAAAACGACUUUGCCCGACUUCUGGCCUUGCGGCGAUUCUACACCACGACUGCGAUAGCUAGAUUCCCCAGCACAGUUUCUUCGCUAGCCCCCUGUAGCGCCUGGCAUCCCAGCGUUAUGUAUGGAUGCACCAGCGGUGCGGUCGUUGCGACGAAUCCUAUCAGGCGAUUGAUGCACGCUAAAGAAAAGCAAUGGCAGCAGACCUGGUUUACCCACGAGUGGGCGCGUGGAGACGACAUGGGCAGUUCUGGGAUCAGUCGGUUCCACGAUGGCUACCGCGCUGAGAGCAUCAGCCUACUCCGGAAUAUGAUGGGGGAUCGCAAAAUGGUCAACGGAGUUAUGAUGAUCACGAUCUAUGAUGAGCCAACGCACGUUACCUCGCUUUCCUGGAAUCCAAAUCAGGCAUGUGCCGGAUGGGCGAGUGCUGGUAUGGGAUGCGGACUAAUUCGAGUCGAGGAUUUGGCAACGUAGCAACCCUUCUACGUCCUCGAUGCCCUUUCUACUAUUCUUUCAGGAUAAUUGUUUGAGUGAACGAGAUUCAUUGACCACCAGUCGUAUUACGUAUAUCCUGCAUGGUUUAUAUCGUUCUUCGUAUCGUGCACACUUUGCCUGUCGGCUGGUCCGCCGGGAAAGUCAACCCCUACUCCCAGUGCUAUAUUUAGACCGAUAGCACUGUACAAAUAAAGUUGCAGGACUCAAUAGAUCCUGUGGACCCUAG